AUGUCGACCCUUCAGAAAGUCGCCCUCCUCGGGAGAGGCUCCCUCGGUUCCAUCGUCCUGGACGAACUCCUCAGAGCCCGGUUCACCGUGACAGUCCUCACGCGCUCAGAUUCCACAAGCACCGCCGCUACUCUUCCCGUCGGCAUCACCUUGAAACAAGUUGACUACUCUUCACUCGAGAGCCUCCAAUCCGCCCUCCAGGGCCAUGACAUCGUGAUCUCAACCCUAACCCCGGCCGCGAUUCCACUCCAGAAACUCAUCAUUGACGCGAGCAUCGCGGUCGGGGUGACGCGCUUUAUCCCGGCUGAUUACGGCGCCAUUUGCUCGGACCCCUCCGGCGCGGCGCAGAAGCUCCCCUGCCACGCUCCGGCCGUGGCGAUCCAGAACUAUCUCCGUGAGAGAGACACUCAGAUCGAGCAUACGAUUUUUGCCGUGGGCGCGUUGCUUGAACGGAUUUUCACACUGCCUGUUGCUGUGGAUCUUGCACAUCGCGCUGUGCGUCUCUAUGAUGGGGGCGUGCAUGCGUUCAGUGUGAGUCGGACGAGCACUGUUGCGAAGGCGGUGGUUGGAGCGCUGCAAAAGCUCGAGGAGACUAGGAAUCGCGUUGUUCGCGUGCAUGACGCUGUGCUUACGCAGCGCAGGGUUUACAAUCUUGCCAGGAAGUGGACGGCCGGCGAGCAGUGGACCGAGACAAAUGUGGACGCGGAGGAGCAGCUUGCCCGUACAAUGGCAAUGCUGCAGAAGAAUCCUGACCCGGCGCUUUUACCGGCAAUGUUUCUGGCGGCAUUCUUCAGUGGCAAGUUUGGAGCUGAGUAUAGGGACCAGGAUCUGGAUAACGAGCUCUUGGGGUUGGGAUUGCUGAGUGAUGAGGAGGUGGAGAGGCUUGGGCUGGAGUUGACUACAGGACUAGUCUAG